AUGCCUUCCAGAGAGGAAAUUACCUACUUUGGCGCCGGCCCAGCCCUGCUUCCCCAGGACGUCCUCGAGACGGCCUCGCAGGCGCUCCUCAACUUCCAGGACACGGGCCUGGGCAUCGCCGAGCACUCGCACCGUUCCGAGCUGGCCACCAAGAUCAUCAAUGAGGCCAAGGCUGACCUCGCCACCUAUCUCGACAUCCCCGAGGACUAUGAGGUCCUCUUCAUGCAGGGCGGCGGCUCUGGCGAACGCAUAAGGGCGACAUCUGCUGCCUGA